AUGGAAGGCGCGGCGGAGCCGAAGCCGCCGCCUGGCGAGGAGCGCGAAGAUACAACACGCGAGUGCGAGGGGCUCGGGCGGUUCCGGGUGCCUCGCGGCGAGACUGCCUCCGGCUUCGGCCGGCACCUCGCGCAAGCCACAGGUCAGGUCGUCGACUUCCGGCUCGUCCUUGAGGGCUCCGUGCCGGCGACUGGGCAGACGCUUCUGGCCGCGGGGCUCCAGGAGUCCGAGGUGCUCGUCGUGAAGGGGGACCGCCUCAUCGCCACGGCCUCACACGACGGUUCCGUGAAGAUCUUCCGGGCAGACACCGGUCAGUGUCUGCAGACGCUCCUGCACGAGGAUGCGGUCUUCUCCGCCAGCUUCUCCCACUCGGCACAGCAGGUCCUGACGACCUCGGGGUGGACGGGACGCAUCUGGAGCCUCAACGGAGACGUGGAGGUGAGUCUCAUCGGGCAUACCGGCGCCGUGGUGUCCGGCAGCUUUGCCCCCGACGAUCGAUUGGUGGUGACGAGCUCGAGCCACGACAACACCGGCCGCAUCUGGUGCGCCCAGACCGGGGCCUGUGUGCGGGUGCUGACGGGCUACGAGCUGGCGGGUGCCAGCUUCACACCCGACGGAACCAUGGUGCUGGCCGCUUGCUCCUGGGAAGACUGCGCCCUCCUUUGGUCUCUGGAGACCGGGGAGGUGCUGAGGACCUUCCAGCCCCACAGCUCCGCGGUCCUCUCGGCCUCCAUCUCCCCGGACGGCUUCACCGUCGCGACGGCCUGCUGGAACGGUGAGCUACACCUUUGGUGGGCGGACUCCGGUCGCUGCCGGGCUUCUCUCACGGGCCCGGAUCAGAAGUCGAAGGUGCACGUGGCUUUCUCUCCGGAUGGCGGCAGCCUCGUCUCGGCGAGCAUCCACCACGUUGCGCAAGUCUGGGAGCUGAGCGGGGCCCUCCGAUUGGAGCUGCCGCAUGGAAACUCUGUGACCUCCGCUGGCUUCUCUCCGGAUGGGGCCUGGAUCGUCAGCAGCUCCUACGACGGAACCGCCAAGAUCUGGAAUUCUCGGACUGGGGAUCUUGUACGGACGCUCCAGGGCCACGCGGAUGCCGUGCGCAGCGCCUGCUUUGCACGGGCCUGCGUGGACGCGGACCGCCUUUCUGAGCCCAAGACGAUGCUGAAGAACUGCUGCCAAUGCGAUGAGCACACGGAGAGCAAUGAGGCGACCAUCCACAAGAGCUUGCCGGCCAUGACGGACGAGGACCCUGACGAGGCGAAUGCGAAGUUCGUGGAGACGGCCGAGGUGGGCGACGGCAGCACCGGAAAGCCCACUGAGGGAUUUUUUGCCUUGCCGCCUCGCUUGCCGGCGAGCAGUCAGCUCGGCAAGGAGUCGAGCUACUUCGAUCGAGAACGAGCACAGCUCUCCGAGAUGCAGGCGAAAGAGCCGCUUUUUUUUCUCUAUGCUGUUGCUUGGGGCACUUCGCAGACUGCGCAAUACGGCUGCAGGCUGGCGCAGCCACCGUACGAGAUGGAGAGCCUUUCACGUUCCGAUCCGGCGCCGUCUACAAGGGCCAAUGGAAGAACGGCGUCCGCGAGGGCAUCGGAAAACAGACCUGGCCGGACGGGGCGA